AACUGAAUUACUCGAAAUAGGAGAUUUUGUAAGGCGUGUUUUUGCUCAUGAUAUCUUUUCAAUAGUUCUAUUUGUAACCAUGACUUUGAGGAAUCAGACAAUCUGAUCACUACGCAGAAUCAAUCCAAAUUCAGAGGAUAAAAUGUACCUCCCUACUUUGACACGUACCACCCCAUACAAUAGACAGGCGGCCGCAACACGAGGGAGAGAUUUAAGGACGUAUGUUUGUCCAAAGAAUCCGAUCACUCUUGGCACGAUUUUGACCUCGACGAAUCAUGGGGAUACGACGGACAAGGCUUCGAAUGUGCCGACUUCAUCUUCCUUCCUACCAUCCUUCCAAAUCAUCCUUGUUAUAAACCUGUAGUUAGUUCAACAUUUCAACGGUUUGAGCAACAAUGAAUAUAAGUAGCUAGGAAGCUCAUUUUCUUCCUUCGCCAAUCAUAUCCAACAUCCCAUCUAUAAUAGAUGGGAUAGACAGAUAGACAAAUAAAUAGAUAAUAAUAUAUGGUGUAUGCUCAAAGCGAACCCAAACGACCCCGUAACAGUUGUCAGGCAAUGGGAUUAGAACGAGCAUAUAAUAAUCACUCUUGGUCUCGAAGCUAAAAUUUGCUAACGGAACAGAGUGAACAUCCAUCAACAAGGGUAUGUUGGAG